AUGGCGACUCCAACUGAAAUUGCCUAUAAUCGGGCCGCCCUGAUUGAAAGUCUGGAAUUCACGUUUUUGAUGGAUGAGGUCGGAAAACAUCUGUCCGAAGCGAUUUGCGGAUUCGGAAUAAUUCUGAAUCUCCUCCUAAUCUACGUCAUCUGCCUCCGCACUCCUGUCCACAUGAAAUCCUACGCCGUCCUGCUCUUCAACUUUGCAAUUUUCGACCUUUUGACUUGUAUUGCUUCUCUUCUCGCCUGCCAAAAAACCAUUUUCUCCGGAUUCUCGCUGACCUACAUCUUCCAUGGUCCGUGUAAAUAUGUGGCCCCAUGGCUAUGCUACUUUUGCCACUGCUUCGUCUGUCACGCAAUGGCUCACUCUCAAUGGAUUCUGCUGAUCUCAUUUAUUUAUCGCUACCGUAUCCUUGUGGACACCGCGCCCAGUGUCAAGACCAUGUCAAUGAUCGUCACAGGGUUCUACUCAACGUCGUUUAUAGUUUUUCUCUUCUACUAUCUGGAUAUGGGAGAUACCGAAGCUUUGAAACAGAUCAUGUACGACCUCCAUCCAGAUAACCAUUAUGAAGACGUGACAAUCUGGGGAAAUUUGACCGUCAGCGGAAAUACGACGAUUUUCACUAUCCCAUCGCUCACCGCUAUCAUCUAUAUGACCGUAACCUGCGUUCCAAUCUACUUUCUGAUUCAUUGGUGCCGGAAUAGAACUCUGAGCAUCUUGGCGAGCAGCGCUUGCAGCAUGUCCGAAACCACCAAGGCAUCUCAUGCGAAAUUGAUUUUGGCCCUCUCCAUCCAAGCCACAAUCCCAUGCUUCUGGCUCCUGGCCUCGGCGAUCUUCACUCUCGCCGAGUUCGGCGUCAUUUCCGGUCCGAUUCCUGAAAAUAUGACUUUCCGGCUAAUGGACUGUAUUCCAUCGUCCAGUCCUCUCGUCGCCUUCAUUUUCAUCGCUCCGUACAGAGAAGGCCUAAUGCGUCUAAUCUCGAAAACUGGCAUCUAUCGGAAAUCGACACAAAACCAAGUUUCCAGUGUCGUCGAGAAAACUCAAAAUUUGGGAAUUCAGCCGACCACCCAAGCGACCGUCCAGUCCACCAACCAACAACGUGCGAGAGAUUUGGCAUGA